AAUAUGCCAGAUGGAAAACCGAGCAUUAAUAUGCUCAUUGUAGUAAAUAGGAAACAAAAAGACCGGAAAUGACGGUUACGCAAACAGUGUUGUCGCACAUUCAUGACGUAAUUUGUUACCUCUCAUUAUGGCGGCUGAAGGCGCGGAAGAAUUCAGCGACAACCCGGAAUUCACAAACCCUUCAGGGUGUGAAGCUCCCGAGGUCGCUAACUUUCCCCAGCCUGACUUAGCGGUAUCUGAAGACAUGGGAGGAACAGACAUGGCAGAUCUGUCAUUAGCCUACAGCGCACCUCCAGUGACUGGAGAAGAGGAAGAGGAUGGUCGAGAAUUGCCAGUGGAAUUUGACAGACAGUGGAAUCUAGUGAAUGACAACCCACAGGAUUUCAACAGCUGGACUGAUUUAUUACAGUACUGUGAACAAGAGGGUCAUUUGAGAGCAUCUCGUCAGGCCCUCGGUGCGUUCCUGGAGAGAUACCCGCUCUGCUAUGGCUACUGGAAGAAGUUUGCAGAUUUGGAAAGGCGAGCAGGACACAACCACAAGGCUGAGGAGGUAUGCAUGCAAGGACUGACGGUAAUCCCUCUCAGUGUGGAUCUGUGGAUACAUUACAUUAACCUCCUGCUUGGCACACUGAAUAUGAACCUGCCUGAGUCGACACAGCGCAUUCGCAGUGUGUUUGAGGAUGCUCUGGCUGCAGCAGGCUGGGACUGGCACUCAGACCGCCUGUGGGACCUGUAUGCUGAGUGGGAGAAAGAACAGGGAGACCUGAGGGCCAUGACUGCAGUCUAUGACCGUGUGAUGAGAGUGCCCACCCAGCUCUACAGCACCCACUAUGAAAAAUUAAAGCGUCAUUUAACAUCAAGUCCACUCCAGGAUGUGCUGAGCGCUGAGGAAUACGAGAUGGUGCAGGCUGAGUACAUGCAGAAUCAGAUUCAGGCUAAGAAAGAGGGAUCCGAUGCUACAGCUGGUGAGGAAGAGGAGAGACCACCCGGGGAGGACGAUCCUGCAAACGAUGACAAAGAUUCGGAAGAGGCAGUGCAGAAAAUGCUGGAGCUGAUCUUGGCUAGGAGAGAGGAAAUGUAUCAGCAGAAUGAGGCUGAGGUCAGGAAGAGAUGGAAUUAUGAAGAUGCGAUUAAGAGGCCAUAUUUCCAUGUGAAGCCUUUGGAUCGGACCCAGCUGAAAGCCUGGCACACGUACCUGGAGUGGGAGAUGGCUGAAGCUGAGGCAGCAAAUGCGGUCACUGAGGGGACGGGUGUGGAAGGUCAGGAGGGUUCAGAAGUCAAAGAAGGCAUCGCUGGCCAUAGGAGGGUGCAGAUUCUGUUUGAGCGCUGCCUCAUUGCCUGUGCACUCUAUGAGGAGUUCUGGGAUAAGUAUGCGCAUUAUCUAGAGCCACGCAGUCUGGAGGAGACACGCAGUGUAUAUCGACGAGCUUGUGAAAUCCACCUGCCAUAUAAGCACAGUUUCCACUUUCAGUGGGCCAUGUUUGAGGAGAGACAUGGUAAUACCUCGGAGGCACAGCGUAUCCUAGAAGCUCUAGAGAAGGCUAUGCCUGGCCUGGCCAUGGUGCGGCUCCGGAGGGUGGCGCUAGAGAGGAGGGCGGGUCAUCUGGAAAAGGCAGAGUCACUGCUAAAGGAGGCAGUUGAAGAGAAUAAAGACAAGCCUUACCUUCAUGCCUUUUACUCCAUUAAACUGGCCCGCUUUUUUCACAAAUUAGGCAAGAAUCCAUCGCGGGCUCGCGCCGUGCUACAAGAGGCCAUUGAGAUUAGUCCAGACAACAGUAAGCUCUACCUGAACCUGCUGGACCUGGAGCUAUCUGGGGAUCUGCGGCUCAAUGGAGGAGGAGUCCAGCAGUGCGUGAGCAAAGCUUUAGCUGCACCUCUCUCGUCAGACCUCAAGAUCCUCUUCUCCCAAAGAGGCCUGCAGUUUGCUGAGGAUUUUGGGACCACAGUGCAAAGUGUGCUGAGUAUCUACGAGGAACACCAGAAGCUUCUGAAUGAUCUCGGUGCAAAGAAGCGUGGAGCAGAGAACAGUGAUAGCGACGAUCCGGAGAAAAUGAGUAAAACGGAUGAUGACUCUGGUACAGCAGCACCUGCACAAGCUGUUCCGCCUACUAUGCCCCCUGUUCCUCCUCCUCCAGUGAUGGGUGGAGAUAUGAGUGGGUAUGGAAACUAUAGCAACUGGUAUCAGCAACAGCAGUAUGGAGGAUAUGGUGGCUACUCCAACCCCUGGAACCAGUACAAUCAGUACUACCCUCCUAGUUAGGGGCCCAACAGUGCUUUGAUGGAUGGCUAAUUUCCAACAUUUAUUCACUUCCCAUGGUAAUGACUGUUCCAGCCUGGGUUUUGUACUUGGUGAUUUUUCUGGAAUCUGACCGAGUCAGACUGAAGUAUAUCUGCCUUUUUUAACAGUGUCCCUCUGUGGAAUACAUCUUUGUAUAUUUUUUUUUCCUCUAAACAUUUUUCUAAGCUUUUAAAUUGUCACAAAUGUACAUGUCAAGCCAUUAGAGCAGUAAGAUAGCUUGUAUUAAUUGUUUGUGUGUGUAUGUAAUUAUAUUUGGACAUCAGUGCAACAAAACCAAGCUUGUACAGUUGUUGCAGGUUCAUGGUUAGAUCUGAUGAUUAACUCACGCUGACUGUCCUUACUCCAGUGGUUCUCAUCCCUUUUGUAAUCCGCUACUGUGGUAAAAGCUGCCACUCCUACCGUGUUUGUAACUUUAUAAUACAUGACAACUAUCAAACACGCAGGAGAACGUGACAUAACUAAACCAACAAAUAUAUAUUUUUGCCCACUGUCUUUCAUUUUAUAACAACAUGAUAAAUACUAGGGCUGGGCGAUAUGACAAAAAUAUAUCACAAUACUUUGACAUUUCUACGAUACACAUCACUAUAUAUAAUUGAGCUAGCAAACUGUCUGCAAAACAGUAGUAAAAUAAACAAAAAACAAUUCAACUGAGUUUGACGAUACUUUUCUUUAAUCCCUACAGAGAUAAAGAAGUUUAAGUGUUUUUUUUAAAUUGUCAAUCAACAGCAUCCAUUCAGUACCAUUUUAAUUUGUAAUUAAUAAAAACGUUAAAUACAUCACCAUACCAACGAUAACUCCAGAAAUGUGUAUCAUGUAAUAUAAUAUUGAUAUUUAUAUUGAUAUAUUGCCCAGCCCUAAUCAUAAUAAUAAUAUUGACCAUGUAAGAGAUCUUAAAUGAAAAAAAUCUCAAAAAUAUCUAGGGGACUAAGGGGAUUUCUUUUAUUUGUGCAAAGAGAAUAAAAUGUUCUCUGUGCAAAUUAAAAAAAAAAAAACUUUACCAGUGGUUUGUGUGUUUUUAAAUGGUCUAUUAAUUCUGUAAUUCAGUAAAGCUCUCUAGAAAUAUUGUCAUAUAUUUAGACUAGCUUAUCAUACCAUAAAACAAUUGCAAACUGUAAAAUUAAAAAUUGUACAAGUAAACUUUACUUCCUUAAAGGUGCUGUUUGUUUUUAUCGUAAGGUAAAUAUGUCCUUAUUGUUUCUGCAUGAUACCGCUGCAAAGGACAGUAUGACAUCUCGAUGUGUUGUGGUGUUCAUAUAAUUAUUUAGACACGUUGUAUUUCCUUGUUAGUCUUGAGUGGUGUGAUGUGAAAUGUUCAGAACAUGAAAAGUGAUAGUGUUACAGGGAGAAGUCACAUUAACAGAAAUAUUUACUUGACAUGCUUUUUGUAUAUGAGGUGCAGAUAACAUGUUAUGUACAAGGCUUUGUUUCAUACAAGUUGUCCUGUGUAAAUGCCUGGGAAACAUCAAAAGUGACUUCUUUUUUUUUUUUUUUUU